UUUUGAAUAAUUUCGUCCGUGGAGUUGCUGAGACUGUUGUGAUGCUGAGAUAAAAACAAAUUCUAGACAUUUUCCGAUCAUCCGAUCAUUUAGGGGGGAAAAAAGACCUUGAUGAGGAUCCGGUACCGCUCGGUUCAGAGCCCAGUUGUUCUGUUUCAUCAGGUUACAGAAGACUUUGACCAACAGACAUUUAAACCUAAAACCACGGCUUGAUUUGAGCCGACUUCAUCUCCAAUGAAGGUUAAAAAGACACCUAGCAAGACAAAGUUGCAGCAGGAAGCCAUCUCCUGCUCAAUCUGUCUGAACCCACUGAAGCGACCAGUAACUAUCGCCUGUGGACACAGCUACUGUAUGAGAUGCAUAAAUCUCUACUGGAAUGGAGAAGAUCACUCUAGAGUCUACAUCUGUCCUCAGUGCAGACAGAAUUUCACUCCGAGAUCCAUUCUGGUAAAAAGCACAAUGUUGGCUGUUUUAGUUGAGCAGCUGAAGGAGACUGGACUCAGUAAAACUCCAGCGGAUCACUGCUACGCUGGACCUGAAGAUGUGGCUUGUGAUGUCUGCUCUUGGAGAAAAAUGAAAGCUGUCAAGUCCUGCCUGGUCUGUUUGGUGUCUUACUGCAAAGAACAUGUCAAACCUCAUUAUAAAUCUGCUUUUGAUAAACACAAGUUGGUGAAUCCCUCCAAGAAGCUCCAGCAGAAUAUCUGCUCUCGUCAUGAUGAGGCAAUGAAGAUCUUCUGUCGUACUGAUCAGCAGUGUAUCUGUUAUCUCUGCACUAUGGAUGAACAUAAAGGACAUGAAACAGUCCCAGCUGCAGCAGAAAGAGCUGAGAAGCAGAAGAAGCUCCAAGUGAGUCUCCACCAUAUCCAUCAGAGAAUCCAGGACCGAGAAAAUGAUGUGAAGCUGCUUCAACAGGAGGUGGAGGCCAUCAAUGUCUCUGCUGAUAAAGCAGUGGAGGACAGUGAGAAUAUCUUCACUGAGCUGAUCCGUCUCCUCCAGGAAAGAAGAUCUGAGGUGAAGCAGCAGAUCAGAUCCCAACAGGAAACUGAGGUGAAUCGAGUCAAAGAUGUUCAGGAGAAGCUGGAGCAGGAGAUCACUGAGCUGAAGAGGAAAGACGCUGAGCUGGAGCAGCUCUCACACACAGAGGAUCACAACCAGUUUCUCCUCAACUACCCCUCACUGCCAGCACUCAGUGAGUCUACACACUCAUCCAGCAUCAAGAUCCGUCCUCUGAGACACUUUGAGGACGUGACAGCAGCUGUGUCAGAGCUCAGAGAUAAACUAAAGAAAAUCCUGAGAGACCCAUGGACAAACAUCCCAGUGACAGUCAAUGAAGUGGAUGUUCCAUUGUCAGAACCAGAACCAAAGACAAGAGAUGAAUUCUUAAGAUAUUCACAAGAAAUCACUCUGGAUCCAAACACAGCACAUCGGAAUUUGAUAUUAUCUGAGGGAAUGACCAAAGUAACAUUAAUUGAUCAACAACAGUUUGAUUCUGAUCAUCCAAACAGAUUCACUGAUUAUUAUCAGGUCCUUAGUAACGAGAGUCUGACUACACGUUGUUAUUGGGAGGUGGAGUGGAGCGGAGAGUUAGUUUAUGUCGCCGUUUCAAACAAGAACAUAAGCAGAGCAGGAGGAUUUGGACUCAAUAACAAAUCUUGGACAAUAUGUUGUACCACAGACAAAUACACAUUUCAUCACAAAGGCAUUCCAACUCCAGUACCAGGUCCAGUUUCCUCCAGAAUAGGAGUGUACCUGGAUCAGAAAGCAGGUAUUCUGUCUUUCUACAGCGUCUCUGAAACCAUGACUCUCCUCCACAGAGUCCAAACAACAUUCACUCAGCCGCUACAUGCUGGGAUCUGCCUGUUUGGUGACUCCUCUGCUGAAUUCAUUAAACCUAAGUAGUCAGCAGUGA